CUAGGCGCACUACAUAGGGGCUGUAAAUAACGGCAGAUGAGCCCUACCUAGUGCACUUCGUGUGGUCAUGGGAGCCUUUUGGCAUUGUGUCUAAACCCGAUUCUUACUCUGAAACUUGAAAGUACUGUUAUAACACGUACGAGGCGUUCUGCAAUCUGGAAAAAACUUUUUCUUUUAAAGGAUCAGGAGCUCUAAUGUGCAAAGUUUUGUCUGUCAGCAGCGUUUCAGGAGGACAGGCAUCCGCGUAUCAAAAUGCCGCAGCAGAAGGACAUAGUGAAGAUUGCUAUUCAGAUGCCAGGGGCGUACCCUCAGCUCAUUCAGCUGGAUCAGAAAAAGCCCCUUACUGCAGUGAUAAAGGAAGUGUGUGACAGAUGGAAUCUACCUGGACCAGAGAACUACGCCCUUCAGUAUGCGGAUGGAGCUCAUACCUACAUCACAGAGUCGAAUCGCUUGGACAUUAAGAACGGCAGCAUUCUGCGGUUGACCAAGGCUCCGGGCCGUUGUGCAGACGACCUUUUUAAAGGCAUCCAGAGCUCAGACUCGGACGUGCGCUGUGAGUCCCUGAAGCAGCUGGCUGCCAUCUCCACAGACAUCACCUUUGCUCAGGAGUUCAUCAGCCGAGACGGACACUCGCUGCUCGUCCACAUUGUGGAGGACGCUAACGAGGCGCCUCUGAUUAUGACACACACACUCACAGCCUUCAUGGAGCUGAUGGACCACGGGAUUGUAUCCUGGGAGAACCUCUCCAGUGUCUUCAUCAAGAAGAUCGCUGGUUUUGUGAACGCCAAGGUGAUGGACACCUCCAUCCAGCAGGUGUCCCUGGACAUCCUGGAGAGCAUGGUUCUAAGCAGCAUCAGCCUGUUCCACCAGAUCAGAGAGGAGAUCACACUAGAGAGACUGAUCGCCCAUCUGCAGGUGUCCAACCAGCAGCUUCAGACCAAAGCCAUGGCUCUGCUGAUGGCCCUGCUGCAGACAGCUGGAGAGGCAGAUAGACAGGAUCUGUUUGCUUUCCUUGAGAAAAAGAAUCUUCGCCAGUAUAUUCACAAGAACAUAAUCCACAGCUCUGGUCCUAUUGGAGAUGAAAUGGCUCACUACCUGUACGUGCUUCAGUCGGUGUGUCUGAAUCACCUGGAGGCACGAAUGAGAACCGCUCUGGACUCCUUUAAUCAGGAACAGAGGGAGGCUCUGCACAGUUUGCGGCAGGCCGUGUUCGAGACAGAAAGUGACGGCAGUCUAAGUAACGAGCGUCGCCGUUCUCUGUGUGCUAAAGAGUUCAAGAAGCUGGGUUUCUCAAACAAAGGUAACCCAGGUCAGGACCUGAGCCGGACCCCUCCCGGACUUCUCGCUCUGGACACAAUGACCUACUUUGCCUCACGUUACCCAGACGCCUACAGCAGGUUUGUUUUGGAGAACAGUAGCCGCGAGGAUAAACACGAGUGCCCUUUUGCCCGCAGCAGCAUCCAGCUAACGCUCAUGCUGUGUGAGAUCCUGCGUAUCGGAGAACCACCAUCGGAAACGGGCUCCAACUAUCACCCCAUCUUCUUCGCCCAGGACCGGCUGCUGGAGGAACUUUUCUGCAUCUGCAUUCAGCUCCUGAACAAAACCUGGAAGGAGAUGAGAGCCACGCAGGAGGACUUUGAUAAGGUCAUGCAGGUGGUGCGGGAGCAGAUCACAAGGACCCUGUCCAGUAAACCCACCUCACUGGAGCUCUUUAAGAACAAAGUGAAUGCAUUAAACUACAGCGAGAUCCUCAAACUGCGCCAGACAGAGAGACUGCACCAGGAGGAGACGCUCGCACCGCCCGUGCUUGAGCUGAAAGAGCGUCUGAAGCCAGAGCUGUUGGAGCUGAUCAGGCAGCAGAGACUGAACCGUCUGUGUCACGGCACUCUGUUUCGCAAAAUCAGCAGCCGCCGGAGACAAGAUAAAUUGUGGUACUGUCGGCUGUCCCCUAACCACAAAGUCCUGCACUAUGGAGAUGUCGAGGAGGAGACGGAGAUGCCAUCCAUCGAGAGUCUGCAGGACAAGAUUCCUGUGGCGGACAUUAAAGCCCUGCUUAUCGGAAAAGACUGUCCUCACAUGAAAGAUAACAAGGGCAAGCAAACCAAGGAGAUGUUGGAUCUGGCGUUCAGCAUUACGUAUGAUGUUGAGGAGUACAGCUUGAAUUUCGUCGCCUCCUCCAGAACAGAUUUUUGCUUGUGGACGGAUGGGCUGAAUGUUCUCCUGGGGAAGGAGAUGAGCAGUGAGUCCAUGCGCAGUGAGCUGGAGAUCCUCCUCUCCAUGGAGAUCAAGCUCCGCCUCCUGGACCUGGAAAACGUCCCCAUUCCCGACUCGGCCCCGCCCAUCCCCAAACCGCCCAGCAACUUCAACUUCUGCUACGACUUCAGCCAGGCGGAGCAUUAAGGCCAGGCGACGGGGCGUGACGUCCUGCUCCUCCUGCUCCACCCGAGAGAGUCGACGAACGAGAAAAAACUCAGCGGGAGAUGAGUGAUGGAGCCGAGGGGCAGCGAGUGUGAAGACUGGGGUUUGGUAUGACACUUUACCAGACAGAAAAGCCCACUGCGGGAUGACGAUGAAAGUCGACUGAAGUGGUUCUGAAAGAGGUUUCUUUUGAGAGACAGUCGAUUUCUAUGCUCAAGGCAUUGCAAGGGUGUAUUUUAUACAUAUAAAUAUAUAUAAUAUCUAAACUUUUUUUUUUUUUUUAAUAACCCUUUCCUAAUGGUACUGCACUCAUCUAAUUUCUUCAUCUAAACUUACUUCCUUAAUCUGCCUUAAACUGGACUGCAGGAAGGUACUCGAAUGCCCCAUUUGUGCUGCGAAGGUUCUGUAUUGGGAUUUAGAAAUUACACUUGUACGGAAAAUUUCCUCAAAUCAACACAAAUAGUCCUGGCAUAAACGUCAUAGCCCGGCUGUAGCAUGGACACAGGAACGUCACACUUUUGAUGUGUCAAUUAGAUCCGAACUACUUCUACUGAGAAAGUGCCGUGUUCUGCGAAAUAUAGCUGUUUCCUUACAAAAAUAUCAUGUGUUCAUGUUAUAUUGGAAUUACGGUAAUUACAAGGUUCUACUCUGAAAUGUGUUGUUACCGUGGAAACGUGCACAACAGCACUGUACUGUCUUUCAAACAGAAAGCAAUAGUAUAAAAAUAAUAAUAUAACACUAUACAGUUAGAAGUAGAUAAUAAUCAGGAAUGUUUAAUGGACCUGUGUUGUGUUUAAAUGCUGCAGUUUUCAGGUACGUGGUUUAUAACGUGAUGUUACACAUUUCCCAACCGGUACUUACACUCUUAAGAAAAAAAAAAGGGUUCUUCAAGAGUUAUUUUAGGCUUCAUUAGAUAAUUAAGGGUUCUUUCAUUCUUCAUUCUUUCAUCUUCAGUAAGUGUUUAAAUGUGUUGUAAUUACCAUGAUUCCAAAAUGAUGUGAACACACUGUUACUUGUCAGAAAUUGCACAUUUAAAGGCUUAAAAUCACACAACUUGUCAGUCAUCACUUAAAGCUGCAGUUUGUAAUGAUUAAAAGUUGUGCUACACCUGUGCUGAAAAUAUAAUUUCACAGAUACCGUAGAAAAAUUGUUUCACAAUAUUGCUAUGCAACGAAUAUGUCUAGUUUUUUCACUUUAAGAUUCUGUUUACAUUUUUCCGGCCCUGAAAUUAGCUCCGCCCCCAGCUGGAAAACAAACUGCUCAACUCUGCCCUUAUUCCUUAAAUGGCAACUCUCAAUUUUCUUUCCUUAAAUGGCAAUUUAUUUAAAGUUUAAUGGAGUAUCUGGGGGGGGUCAGUCGGGCAGCAGGGGGCGCUAACAUUACAAACGGCUAGUUUUAAUGUUUCAGGGAAAUUUCUCGAUCUCAAAGAGGGCUUAAAUAAGAGUUUCUUUAAACACCCAAUGAUAUACAGUGUGAAUAUUACCUGAUGGUAAUAAAUAUGCAAUAUUUUACACUUUGAUGAGGCACUGAAAUGGUUUUUAUCUUCUACAAAAUACAACAAUAUUGUGUAAUUAUUGUGUGAGCAGCUAUUGCGGUGGACUUUAAUAUUAACAGCUGGUACGAACAGAAAAUAGUGUUUUAAUGGUACAUCAUGAGGUACUUGGCACCUAAUAAUAAUAAUAAUAAUAAUAAUAAUAAUAGUGCAUUUUGCAAUAUGUCUGAAAUUUUUCUGCACAUUUGAAUUAUAAUAGUGGUCAAAAAUCAUACAAAAAAGCACCGUUGUAGAUCUGACCAAUAUUUUUCACUGUUUUUUAAUUUUAUCUUGCAAGGACAAUAGAAUGUUGGCACGGUGCUUUAACACUAACAGCAAGAGUGAUAUGUUUCUAUACAACAACUCGACAAAUAAAACUAAUAAUGUGCAGCAGUGUGCAAAAAAAUCUUUAGAUGUUCUGUAAAUACUUUAAUGCGAAGAUGCUUCCAAAAUCAUGACAUGAAAAACUAAAAUAUGAGCUAUAUAAAAUAUAAAACUACUACACCAGACUAAUGUGGUGAACCUUCGUCUCUGAAACAGCGUCAGAUCCCUCAGGAACUCGGGAGCUUAUCUUAAGCUUCAUACUUUCCUUAAUAUUUCCUUAAUAUCUUACUUUCUUUAUCAAUCAACAAACACUGUACACUCUGUAAAAUAAACGUUUGGAAAUCAUUUCGGGAAUCAGCACUUUUUUAAUCAACACACUGAUACAGAUAACACAAAAUAAUCAUCUGAAAUGAAAUUUCUAUCAAGAAAUGAGGGUGCCUAAAUAUAUUGCACAGUCCUGUAGUUAUUUACAGACAGUUUGACACAUCAGUUAAAGACUUAAGUGCUACAGGAAAUUGUGUAAGUCUGAUGUGGGACCUUCAUUAAUGCUUUCAGUGUAAUUAAUCUGCUUUCACACUUGGUGUUUUUUUUCCCCUCAACCAUCAGUGCAAGUUUUACCAGAAAAAAAAAAAAAAAAACGAUCCCUAAAGUAAAAAAGUUCAGCUUUUCCGAAAAAAAAAGUGUAAGGGGCAUUCGAAAUUCAGGGAGCACAGCGCUACGAGGAAAAAAAAAUAGUCCUGUUAGUGAGUAAAUAUAUUUUUAUAUUAGGAGCUUAUUAAUAUGUUCAGUCAGAGAUAUUUCAAAGGUAAUGUUUUAAUGGUGCAAAGUAACUAGACGUGAUAAUUUUGUUAGUUUUGGGAUGUUUACUGUGAUCCAAAUCUUGCAGUCUGGCUGAAUUGUUGUCUAUAAUCACACAAGUUGUGCAGCAGGUUGAAAAAAAUGGCUAGUGUGAAAGCAGCCUUACUUUGUUGUGUAACAAUCUGAUGAUUUGCUUCGAUGCACUGAUUUAAAAGGCGUCGCUUAAUCACAAGUUAAUCACAAACUGAUUAUUAUCGAAAAAGGACAAACAGCUGGUGUGUGGGGAAAAAUAAUUCAUAUUCACCCCAGCACAUUCAGCAUAGAUUGAUUUAUAUCGAUCCUACUAAAUCAAAUGGAAAUGUGUUGUAUUGCAUUGGAACAGAUUUUGUGGUAUUACCAAAUAUCAGAUCGCUUCCAUGAAUAAAAAUCGUAUCGUAUUGUUUCGUAUCGUAUCGUGUGAAAGUCUGAGGUUUACAGCGCUACUUUGCUGCCAGUUUUUUUUUUUGAAUCGCUGCCACUGAUGGAUAUAUUUAUUCAAAAUUAUAAUUAAAUACAUAAUAAAUAAAAAUCCUCUGGUACAGUACGCUGUGGUUUUGCUAUUUGAUUAACGGCAGUAAAAACACUUGUAUUUAAUACCGAUGGCAAUCUUUCCACACGCUGUGUACACAUUUCAGCUGAGCACCAUCACUGCCAGGCACAAAUCAUCUGCAUCUCUGAUUUAAUAAUAAUAAUAAUAAUAAUAAUAAUAAUAAUAAUUAAAAAAAAAAAAAAAAAAAAAGCAAA